UGAUUUACUCCCACCUUUCACUUCCAGAGCUCGGCAGCGCUACAAAAUUAAGCCACCCUGUUGCUAACCCAACCCCAACCCUAACCUUAAGCAACACCUGCCCUAAAACCUAACCUCAAACCCAAUACCUAACCCUAAACCGAAACAUUAACAAUGACCAGAUGCCGUCAGGACACUUUCUAUGGGAUAUUCCUGUGUGCUGCGUAUGCCUACUCUCCACGGUUUGUCGCAGUCUUCUGACGUUUUGUAUUUGUCGCAGCUUCCAUAGCCUAGCGACCAAACGGGGAGCGUCCUGAAUCCCUGUGAAGAAACCAAAUACAAUUCUUCUACAUGCAACAAACACAGUUUAAAUUCCACCAAUUACAAUAAAACACAUCGGUUUAAUAAAUUUUUUUUUUUUUUUAAAUCUCAAGGCUUGUUUUGAAUUUUAUACAUUUUGUAAUAAUGCCACCAUCGAAAAGAUCAGGUCCGUUGCAAACUGUACAAAGAAGCACAGACGACCUUAAAAAGCAGGUUGGCAGUUUGCUCAAAGAUAUCCAGCAUCCAGAUGCUGCUCAGCCUACUAAAAGAACUGAAGCUUUUCAAAGGAGUAUUCAGUUACAGAAAUUUGUUAAAGAAACUUUGACUACUUUACAUAAGUUAAAGAAAACAGACGAGCCUGCACCGGUGGGCAAUUAUGAUCAAAGAAAACAAGAUGAAGAAAAGAGAUUGCUAAAAAUGCUCCAACAGCUGCAAACUGUGGCAGAGCUAUCGAAUGCAGAUAAAGUAUAUCAUCACAAAGAUGCAGAAAAACCAGGCACUUCUCAACUAAAAGAAGAUGAAAGCGAGGAGGAGGAAGAAGAAGAUGAGGAGGAGGAGGAAGAAGAAGAAGAUGAGGAAGAAGAAGAAGAAGAAGAAGAAGAUGGGGAAGAUUCUGUUGAAGAACAACCUACUGUAAAUCAGUAUAUUUCCAUCAGUGACUUUGUUGCCCAGCAAGAGGGCGAUCUAACAAUUAAGAAAGGUGAAGUCCUGACAAUUCUUAAUAAAAAACCUGAUGGCUGGUGGGUCGCUCAAGACUCCAGAGGGAACCAGGGUGAGGUUCCAAAAACAUAUCUGCAGGUGUAUAGAAAGGCUGGUGAAGAAGAUGAAUCUGAGAGCGAGGAAGAUGCAGAAGAUGAUGAGAUAGAAGUAACUGCUCCAGCAGUGAAAAGGACAGAAAGUGGUAAUCUAUCAAACUUGGAUGCUGCCAGGAAAACCGUUUCAGAGAUUAAUGCAACUGAUGUACUGUCUACCAUGGGAGCCAUCCCAACUGGAUUUAGACCAUCUACACUGUCACAGCUCCUAGAAGAAGGAAAAAAAUUUAAGUCAAGUUACUACAUUCAGCCUGAGUUAAGUCAUUCACAGUUGGCUUUUAAAGACCUGCUUUGGGACCCUGAACAAGGAAGUGUACGUGCCAGGUUAGCCCGGGUAUCAUUGAAUUUGACAUUAUGGAGCUGUAGAAUGAUCCCCCUGCCUGGGGCAGGUAUUCAUGUUCUCAGUAGACAUGUCCGACUUUGUGUUUUUGAUGGAACCAGAGUUUUGAGCAAUAUCCAUACAGUCAGAGCCACAACACAACUAAAGAACCCUAAAACCUGGACCUUUUCUCCAAGAGUAUCAGGUAUUCUUCCAAGCCUUCUGGAUGGAGAUUGUUUUAUAAGGUCAAAUUCCCAGUCUCCAGAACUAGGAGUUUUAUUUGAACUUGGGGUCACCUACAUUCGAAAUGCAACAGGGGAGCGUGGGGAGCUGAGCUGUGGUUGGGCUUUCCUGAAGCUUUUUGAUGCCAGUGGAGUUCCAGUUCCAUACAAAACAUAUGAGCUUGUUGUAAAUGGGGGAACACCAUAUGAGAAAGGGGUUGAGGUUGACCCAUCUUUAACUAGAAGAGCAAGCAAUAGUGUUUUCCAGCAGAUGAUGACAUCAAGAAGACAUCCUAAACUCUUGGUCAAGCUGAAAUCUCCCAACACUAAAACAAGGACAACUUUGAACCUCCUCCCUGACACCUUAGUAGGCAGCACAUGCUGCAUUCACUUGCUGGCAUUUUAUAGACAGAUCCUUGCUGAUGCACUGUUGCGAGACCGGAUUAGUGUGCAGAAUGCUGAACUAAUCUGCAGCCCCGUGCUGGCAUCUUUCCCACAAGUCAUGGAACAAGCAGACCUUAUGGAUGCUCUCAGGAGUGUGUGGUCAGAGAAGGAAAGUAGUUUAAAGAGAUCUGAAAAGAGAGACAGUGAGUUCCUGAAGUCCAUGUUUAAGCAGCUUUACCAUGACAGUGUGUACACCCUCCUUCACUCCACUGCUCUGCCUGCUCUCAGGUGGGCAGAUGAAGAGGCCGAAGCUUCUCGAUGGAAGGUCAUUGCAGACUUUCUCAGGUUAAACAGAGAGAAAAACGGCUCUCUCUUUUCCUUGCUCUCUCCGGAAAUGGCACAUGAAGCAUUUGAUAUCUCAGAGAUAUCGUAUGAUUUUCUAGGAAUGGCAAGAGAGGCAGCUGCUACAGCAUAAUGUGUCAAGAAUGUAAUUACAUUUGCUUGAAAAAAGUCUUAUUUUAUUGACACUUUAUUUUAAUGGCAGUUUUUUUUUAAAUGUACACUGUUUGUGUUUUCCUGUUAUCAUAGUUUGUUGUUUUUAAUAAUUUAAAGUACUGAACCAGCUGGGUUAUCCUGCACACAUAGCCUUGUCCUAUAGCUGAACAGCUGCCUCUCAUGACGUAACCAGGCUGUGUUUGAGCUCCGCCACAGGCAGGCAGCUGAAGAGACUAACAAUACCCCCCCCCCCCCCCCCCCGCUAUUAAUCCCACAGCAGACGUUGCUGGCUUUUUAAAGUGCGAGACUGCGUUUAUUUAAUAUAUAUCCCUCUUAAGGUUUACUAAGCUUUUGCUCUUGCUAUUAGCAUAAUCUGUUUCAACUACUCUAACCUGAUAUAUUAUACUAUGUGCCUUACAAUCCCAUUUGCAUUUGAUUAUAAUAUGUUGCACACAGUAUCGAAAAAAUGUGCCAAUGAUUUUUUUUUCUUUGUUUUUAUUUAAUAUUGUAUAUUAAAGGUUUGUAUUUAUUUCGGUCAAAUGAACAGAACUCCCCUACAGAUGUUUGUGGAUUCAUUCUUAUAUAAUUCACUAAAUCAGGGGUUUUCAACCGGGGGUACGAGUACUCCUGGGGGUACUUCUAAGGGUUAUAGGGCAUAAAUGCUCUGGUAAACAUAAAUAAAUGGCUUAUCACAAUA